CUAAAAGGUGUUUCAAGUAUACCCAUUCCACGGUACUAUUUUGUUUUAGCAAAAUCGCUUCCAGUCCACUGCAUCGUAGAAGCGAUCUGUUCUCUCGAAGAGAGUCGCUCCUUGCAACACGGAGUAUGGAGACGUCGACCCAUGAUAGAAAUCGACACGUACGUGAUCAUCCCUGUAGGGACUCCAUUCCACAACCUGGUGCAGGCUGCCUUGUUCCGACUGGGGUACUCUUCUGAGAGCGCGGCUGCUGCCAAAGGCUCUGUUCUGAUAAAGAACUGGAAAGCGCUGACCUUCGACCAGAUUUCCGAUGACUCGUUGAUAACCGUGGGGGACAUCCUGGGAGAACUCUCCACUGUGGCCACGUUGAGGAUCCAGGUGUUCAGGGGGAGACCAGGAGUUUUGAGUGAAAUCAAAGACAAGCUGUUGCGGUUUCUGCUGCUGCAGUCACAUGGGCUUCUGCUGUCUUCAGGAUGUCCGUUGGAUGAGAUACUUCUGUCACAAUUAUGCCGAAAUAGUAACUCAGCAUCAGGUCCCCUGCCAGAAAUCUCGGAAGAAAGCCGCAGGAAAUUCGACCAAUGGUGGUCGACGCAAUUCAGUCCUCAGUCCCCUGCUACAAGGUCACAAUUUGUUCCGACCUACCCCAACCACUACCCAGUCCCUUCACAACCUCCUACACCAAUGGAGCGCAAUCUUGCCGAUCCCCACCCCGCCAUUCAGACUGUCCACAACCAGUUCCCUACCCAAAAGACUAGGAUGAGGACUAGUUUCGAUCCAGAACUGGAACUACCUAAACUGCAGAGGUGGUUCACUGAAAACCAGCAUCCUAGCAGACAGCAAAUCCAGCAGUACGUGAAGGAACUAAAUAAUCUCGAAUCUAGAAGAGGCAGGAAACCGCUAGACAUCAACAAUGUAGUAUACUGGUUCAAAAACGCGAGGGCGGCUCAGAAGAGAGCUGAGAUUAGGAAUGUGACCACACCUAAUCUACAAUGCCACAUUACUGUUAAUGGCUACAACAGUCACAGUCCUCCCAACGGUACUAGUUUCAUGUUAUCUGAUAACUACCUGAACUCGGAGAGACUGAACGACCACAGAUUGAAGAACAAUAUGUCGAGGCGGGGUCCGCAGAAUUCCCAAACUUCAGACGAGUUCUCGAAUGCUGGAUCCGAUCUGGAAGAUGAGGAUAUGACGGAAGUGCAACCGCCCAGCCCGACUGGUCCUUUGUCCUUGACGACCAGGAAGGAUUCCAGGGACGACAGUCCCAGGUCUUCCACUACGCCUCCUCACCAGCCUCCUGACAUCCAAACUGAGAAGGACAGACGGGAAGAACCGGCCAUGGAAGCGACCAACCUCUGUUCCGGCGACCACCUCAACAACAACAAGAUACCUCUGUCCGACAUGGAGGAAGACGACGACCACGACAACAAGAGCCCCUUCGAGGCAAACCAGCGACCGUCUCCCGUCAACCGGUCUCUCGCUCAGCGUUUCUGUAACUCCCCGGACGCGGAUAAUCAGCUGAUGCCGCGCGCUCCGGACGGCCUUUUUCCGGUGCUGCCCAACUCCAUGUUCAGCCACAGCAUCAUGUACAUGAGCCACUACAUGCCAGGCUUGGCCCAAGCCUCCUCCCCUCCGAGUUCCAGCCUUGGUUUGUCUGGCCUGAGCGCGGACGAGAGGAGAAAGCGGAACCGGACCUUCAUUGAUCCGGUUACCGAGGUGCCAAGGCUUGAGCAGUGGUUUUCGCUGAAUACGCAUCCCUCGCACAAUUUGAUCCUGAAGUAUACGGAGGAGCUGAAUUGUAUGGCGUACAGGCAGAAGUUUCCCAGGUUGGAGCCGAAGAACGUGCAGUUCUGGUUCAAGAAUCGGAGGGCGAAGUGUAAGAGGUUGAAGAUGUCGCUGUUCGAUGGCCAAACGGGCCAGUAUCACCAUAGCGAGCGUGAUUAA